AAGUUGAACGCAAAACUCCCCAAAGAGGCAAGCUGAAUCUCAGAGAUGUCGUCCGCGCAAAUGGACCCACACGACAAAAUGAGAUCACGCGACCUCAGUAAAGUCGCAAGAGGCCAGCAGGCGCCAAGACCAACGCACGCUCCCGGCACGGUGUCGCCUCCACCCCAGAACGAGGCCACGUUUCGAGCUAAGAGAGGAGAAGAUGGUGGAGAAGAGACUGAUUCGGCGAGGGAUGAACUGUUUCAGGUGACUAAAGAAACGCGACAUUGCUUCAAUCGGUAUAUGCAAUACCAUAGGUGUCUUGAGGGUAAAGGAAGAGAUGCGAAUGAUUGUAACAGUUUGAGAGAUUACGUACGUACGAUGUGCCCUGAAACACUGGUUGAGAAAUGGGAGGAACAGAGAAAGGCUGGGACACUGCCAUCGUCAACUUGAGGAUUAGGUUACAACAUGGGCGAAGCCAGAGUAUUUUUACAAUGGGUGCGGUAAUAUCACUACAAGAAAACGUAACUUUAACGAGGAAAAAUAAUCCUCGUAAAAAAACGUUGAUUUUGCGAGGAAAGUACGUUGAAAAAGAAAAGCAUCGUUAUUUCGUCGUAAGGUAACGAC